CGCCUUCAGCUUUCUCUGACUAUCAACUUCCAAGAUUUUGAAGUUAUGCCUUAUUCUUUCUGUAUUUCGAAGGGGUUGGAGUGUAAGAUGAUAGAAGGUAUCAAAAGGUGUUCCUGUUGUGUUCGCUGGGGUCGUUCCUGCGAUGGUUCCAGUGUUCCGGUGAAUGCUUUGUCUCGUAUUAUCACCGAGCUUGGUUGUUUAGAUCGGAAGGAGUUGGAUGCGGAGAAAGUUCUUCUCGAGCUUCAGUCUAAGUUGGGCGAGGCAACGGCUCGUUUGGUGCGUUUGCGGAAACAGAAACGCUCCCUGCAUGAUCGUGGCGCGAAGAUGGUUAGUCAGAGUCUGCGUUCUCUGGACGAGCUGGAGGAGGAGGAGCGUUGGAAGGAGGAUGCUCGGCGUGCUGCCGAGUCUGAGGCUGUGGUUGAGGCUCAGUCUUGGGGUGCUCUUGACGUGGUGGAUUGGGAUAAUGUUUUAGGUGGGGUUGCGGCGUCUGAUUUCUGUCCUGAGGCUUCUGGAUCUCGGUUCGGGGCGGAGCGAUCAUCUUAG